AUGUGGAAGAAUACAAAACCGAAGCAUCUUGCCUUCAGAGCACAUGAUCGACAUGUUGUAACCUGUUUGCAAUUUGAUACCGACAAGGUUAUAGCGGCUAGCGACAUCUCCCAAAUCAAUGUGUACGAUAUCAAGACCGGGGCGCUUCGAGCAAAACUGGAAGGCCACACAGGUGGUGUAUGGGGGCUUGAAUUCCAUGACAAUACUCUGGUAUCUGGAUCGACCGAUGGUACCCUCCGAGUAUGGGACAUUGCGGGAGCCGAAUGCACCCAUGUGUUCCGAGGUCACAAAUCCACAGUACGGAGCCUACAGAUAUUGCUCCCAGUUCAAAUUGACCAGCAUCCAGAUGGUACACCAGUGAUGAUGCCCGAACAACCUCUAAUCAUUUCGGGCUCCCGUGAUUCGACCAUGCGGGUCUGGAAACUUCCUCAACCUGGCGACUCGAAGUAUCUGCCUCCUGCUCCAACCGACGAGGAAUGUCCAUACCUUGUCCGUGUAUUGACUGGUCACCAACACUCUGUGAGAGCACUCACAGCAUACGGGAACACACUGGUCAGCGGUAGCUACGACUGUACCGUGCGAGUUUGGAAAAUAUCCACCGGGAAAUCACUGCACACGUUACAUGGCCAUACAAUGAAGGUUUAUAGUGUAGCUUUGGACUGCAAGAGGAACCGCUGUAUCAGCGGAUCAAUGGACCACGUGGUCAAGAUCUGGUCUAUAGAUACAGGUGCAUUGCUAUAUAAUCUCGAAGGCCACUCGUCGUUGGUGGGCAUACUUGAUUUGAAAGAAGACUGGCUCGUGUCGGCGGCUGCAGACGCUACUCUUAGAGUUUGGAACCCUGAGAAUGGCCAUUGUCAGAGCAUGUUUGCCGGUCAUACUGGAGCGAUCACAUCCUUCCAGCACGAUGAUCAAAAAGUAGUCUCUGGUUCCGACACGGACGUGAAGAUGUGGGACAUACGGACUGGUACUUUGGAAAGGAAUCUCCUCACCAAUCUUACCGGCGUCUGGCAAGUCAAGUUUGAUGGCGAUCAUUGCGUCGUGGCAGUUCAACGUGAAUCCGUGAGCUAUAUCGAGGUACUCGAUUUCGGCGCACCACUUGACGAUGUACCAUCUGACCGGGUCGGGAAGCGGGUUUUGGUUAACGAGCUAGGUGAUGAGAUCGAAGGCCCAAAGGGAAGUGUUGGCCUGAACAAUUAA